CGACGGAGCUUCCACCGUGGACGGAGACCGCGGGGAGUGCUGCUGUGUGCCUGAGUGUUUGAGCCAUCCAUCAUGACGGCGGUGUCGUGUGGUCCUGUAGUGGUAGACGCCCUGGCUGGUGCAUUCAAGCGAAUGCACCCCGAUGAGGACCUUUCUCUGCUCGACGACGAUGCCUUCGAGGUGAGAUGAAUGACAAGAACCGACCGAGGGGAAACCUCACCGUAGAUGGUAUGGUUUCUGGUGCGGUGUUCCCCUGCUGCCUGUCUUAUUGAUUGCUCGUCCACAGGCACGGCUCCAGGCCUUCUACAGGAGGGUCAGUUCGGACACCUCACUGCACAUGCUCGCGGCAACCAUCAAUUGUCAUUCGUCGGUGUCCCGGUUUGUGUGUGUGUGUCUGUGUGUGCUGCGUGCAGUUAGCCGAGGAGACCGUCGCGGAGCUGCGCAACCCAUCCAAUGGCGGCCAGACCGUUGCACCCGCCACCCGAAUUAUUCAGAUGCCAACUCGUGAGGUGGUCGCCGGCUGCGUCCACACGGCCCUCAAACACCUCGAGGACAACCCACACCUCCUCGCGCCGCCCUCUGCCGAUGCGCAAGCCAGCCCUGCUGACGUCACCGCCAAAGAGGAGAGUGUCGCUGAGGGGGACAAGGGCGGCCAGAUGUCGAGCACUGGCCUGCGGACGACCGCAGCAAGCGGGCCCGCAGCUGAGAGCGAAGCGUCGUCUGUCGUGGCCAACAAGGACAAGGACGAGGCCAAGACCGAGGCGCCUCAGGACGAGAAGGCGCCGGAGCAACGUGUCAAUGGGAGCGUCAGGGGGGCGGCAGAUGCUGCAGGUGGCCCACCCGCACCACCACCUAGCACCCACCAGGCAGCGAAUGGCGCCCACGCCACUUCAUUGUCAAACGGCAAUCGGGGGCCGGGCAGCUUCUACGGGCCUCUGCGGAAUGGCGCUGCUAAUGGCGACCAAACAGACCAAAGAAAGCAAGACAACAAGGACGGUGGCCACGGUGAGCCGUGGCGCGAAUGACCCUAUCAUCGUUCCUGAUCCAUCCCUCUGUGUGUUUGUGUGUUUGUGUGUGUGUGCGUCAGUCGUCCCCCUUGCAGUGGGUUUCCGCGAGCGCGAGAUGAGCCCGUGCAGCAGCCGGUCGGCGUCGCGCCCACGAGACGACGAUCGCGACCGCCGUAGUCACGGGAAUCGGCAGCGGUCGCGGUCACCGCUGCGGCGCGAUGGCCGUGAUGAGAGGAGGGGCAGCGAUAGGGGCAGCUCCGGGAGGGAUCGGCCGCGGGAUCAUCACCAGCAUGGCCGAUCGUACUACCCGGACCACGGCAACAGGUGAAACGAGUUUGACGGAAUGGACUCGGAUGGAUGGACACCCGGAGUUACUGUCUGCUUCUCUCUCUCUGUGUGUGUGUGUGUGUGUGAGUAUGGUGUUCAGCUACGACCGGCGCAGCAACGACUACUCCCCCUCUCGCAACUACAGCCACUAUAGCUACGACAACAGGGGCAGGAACACCACCACCAGCACCAUCGCCGGCACGGGCCACUACUCCAACUACAGGCGGCGGCAGUCCCACAACGACUUCUACUUCUACAACAAUCAUCAUCAUCAUCAGAGAGGCCGCCGCAACGACAGCUAUGAUGACUAUGACGACCGGCGUGACAGCAGGUGGUGGGAGAGGGGGGCCAACCGGUGGGACAAUGCCGACCCGUAUCAUUGGGAGACCUCCUACGGCUACCGCGGCCAUGGGGGUGGGGGAGGGCAUCAGGGGGGUGUGUUUGACCAGAGGCGGUGGGAGGAUAGGUCCAUCAGACGGUAG